UUUUCCGCUUCCAUAAACAAGACGACUGCCAGAGUUAGCUGUCAGUCCUGUGUGCCUCUGGGCUGAGUCUCCCUCUGAGGGAGAGAGACAUACUGACAGAGAAAGUGAGCAAGGGACGAGAGGGGGAGAAAGUGAGAAACAGGAAAGAAGGGAGACAGAAAGACAGGAAAACCCAUCAGAAGAAAAGAGAGACAGGCAAGAAUUGACAGAAGAAGAGAAGAAGGGAGAAGAGAGAGUAAAAGACAGACUGAAUUGAGUAUCAGUCUCUCUACUUCUCCGAGAAGUCAUGGCAGAGAACAACACAAAUCUCUUUCUGGAAAUACUUCAAUCUUUUGAUGCUGUCCCUUUGAUAAUUGCUUUCUGUGUGUCCAUGGCGGUGGGCCUGGUCUUGGGGGCCUUGGUUUACGUGAUCUUGACCUGGAUGUCGCGACGCAGAGCAGGCUCGGCCAGCAUCACCCGCCGCCCUCCUCGCCAAACACGCACGUCUUCCCGCAACCGCCCAGGCUUUAACCGCAACAGCAGCUAUGACCGGCGCAGCAACAACAGUUUGGUCAGUGCUGCUUUCAGCUUCCAUCGCCAGACUUCCUCCCCAGAUCACCUUGACCCACUGGGGCACAAAUCCAGCUUCAGGGCUUCCACCUUCCACCCUCUCCUCCAGUGCAGCCAAGUCGCAAGGGAGGCAGAGGAGGGGAGCCAGACAACGCUGCCCCGUACACCAACUCUGAACACAUCAACUGGAUCAGCUCAAACAGCAGCCCAGCCAACUGCCACCCCACCCAGACCGGAGUCGUUUUGGGGGAACAAUGGCCUGAGGGGUUUCCAUGCUACACAGACCCCACCUCCAGCUUAUGAGAGCAUUAUUAGAGCUUAUCAGGAAACAUGCACCUGAGCAGAGCACCAGGCUGACUCUAACUAGAUGAGAGAGAGUUGUAAAUGGUUUUACAAAUGAUAUUGGACUAAAUCUCUACUGCUUUACAUGACCAGGUGACGCAGAGUGGAGCCACCAAAGACAUCAAGGUCAAUUGUGUGUCCUGCAACCAUCUGUUUUGUAUGUCUUUUGGUUUGUUAAUAUAUAUAUAUAUAUAUAUAUAU